AUGGGACCUGACCAGAUCCUACGACGAUGUGUCCUGGAGGAAGAAAUUCAAGCUAUUUUAUGGGAAGCACAUGAAGGGCCGACAGGAGGGCACAUGGGGCCCGACACCACGGCCAGGAAAGUUCUAUUGGCAAGGCUAUGUUGGCCGACACUGCACAAUGAUGCCCGGGAGUGGGUGAUGAGUUGUGACACGUGUCAAUGGGCGAGGAGGCCGCUGAAGAGGGAUUUUAUGCCCCUCAACCCAUCCAAUGCCCAGGAACUGUUUGAACGAUGGGGGCUGGAUUUCAUCGGACCUUUGAAGGCAAGUCGAGCUAGAUGGAUUCCAAUCCAAUUGACGAGUGACCGGGGAGGACAUUUUGUCAAUCAUAUAAUCCAGUUGCUCACAACGGAGUUCAAGAUAUUCUACUCCUUAUCAAGCCCUUACUAUCCUCGGGCAAACAGGCAAACCGAGGUGACAAACAAAAUAAUCAUCUCAGCGAUUUACAAGUCAUGUGGAGUGGAGAAGGAAGAUUGGGAGGAAUGCUUACCAUCGGUAUUGUGGGCGUACAAGAUGACGUAUAAGGUCACCACAGGACAAACCCCCUUCCAGUUAAUGUUCGGACAGGAAGUUGUGGUACCAGUGGAAUUCAUGGUGCCGAGUCUUCGGAUCACCAUUGACAACAGAGUAGGCGACAUGGAGAGUCUUCAAGAGAAGUUGUAUGCCUUGAGCAAGCUAGAUGAAAAAAGAAUGAUGGCACAAUGGGCCACAAAGGCAGCCUAG